CCCCUCGCCCCCUCCCUGUAAUCCGCCGCUUUUCCCCUCCCCCUUUCCCCCUCCUCCCCCAUUCAAGAAGAGAAGCGAACCACCUCUCUCCCAGUCUCCCUCGGGGACGGGACGGGACGGGACGGGACGGGACGGACGCCAUGGACGCCUGGGAGGCCACCAAGGUGGUGUUCGACCGGGUGCGCGCGCUGGACCCGGAGAACGCCUCCAAGAUCAUGGGCCUGCUCCUCAUCCAGGACAACAGCGUCAAGGACCUGAUCCGCCUCGCCUUCGGCCCCGAGCACCUGCUCCUCGCCGUCGUCGCCCGCGCGCGCGCCGACCUCGCCGCCAAGCCCGCGUCCCCGCCGUCGCCCGGGCUCGGCCAGCCGUGGGGGCUCCCGAGCCCUAGAGGAGGAGGCGACCACCUGGCGCCGUUCGGCGCCGACCAGGCGGCGUUCGACGGCGGUGCCGACGCGUUCUACCCUGAGGAGUACGAGUGCUGGUCGCCGGCGGCCGGCGGCCACCGCCGCAGCUUCUCGCUGAGCGACGACGAAGUGGCCGCGGCCGGCGCGUGGAGGCCCUGCAUGUACUUCGCACGCGGGUUCUGCAAGAACGGCUCCUCCUGCCGGUUCUUGCACGGCCUGCCUGACGACGACGCGGUGGCCGCGGAGCGGGAGAUGGUCGUCAUGCGCGCCAAGGCCUUGGCCGCCGCCGCCGCGCGGCCGCAGCAGCUCAUGGCGUCCGCUUUCCCCUUCUCGCCGUCGCCGCCCAAAGGCUUCGGCCUCAACUCCCUGCUCCAGCAGCAGAACGAGCCCCAAAGGGCGGCGGCGGCGGCGGCCGCCAUGUUGCUUGGCGGCGGCGAGGACAUGCACAGGUUCCCGGCGCGCUCGCCUCGGAUGGACCGCGGCGACCUCAUCUCCAGCCCCGCCGCGCGGCAGAUCUACCUCACCUUCCCGGCCGACUCCACCUUCAGCGAGGAGGACGUCUCCAACUACUUCAGCUUGUACGGACCAGUGCAGGACGUGCGCAUCCCGUACCAGCAGAAGCGCAUGUUCGGCUUCGUCACCUUCGUCUAUGCAGAGACGGUGAGGAUCAUCCUGAGCAAGGGGAACCCGCACUUCGUGUGCGACGCGCGCGUGCUCGUCAAGCCCUACAAGGAGAAGGGCAAGGUCCCCGACAGGUUCAGGAAGUUGCAGAACCCGCACCAUGGCGACUUCACCGGCUGCACGUCGCCCACCGGAUUGCUCGAUUCCAGGGACCCCUUCGAUCUGGCUCAGCCGCAGAUUGGACCAAGGGUGAUGUACGGGAACAUUGCUAACCACGAGGCGUUUGUGAGGAGGAAGCUCGAAGAGCAGCAGCAGGCGGCCGAGCUGCAGCACGCCAUUGAGCUGGAGGGCCGCCGGUUCAUGGGGCUGCAGCUCCUCGACCUCACGAGCAGGGGUCACCAUCUCGGCUCCCCUGCUAGCUCACCCAUGUCCCUGGGACAAGCUGACGGCAGAGGGAGCGGCAACGGGAAUGGCAAUGCCAUCAUUGUGGAGGACGUCACCGUCCAAGAUAACAAGAUGAACAGCAGUAGCCUUGCAAUGAGUGCGCCUGCAGCAGCAGCAGCUACCUCUGCAACUGGUGCGGAAGGCGAGCACGAGGAGCGGCAGGAAGGGGAUGGGGAUGGUGGUGGCAGUCCCGAGCAGGCAGUCAACCCUGGGGAAGAGGAGAAGAGGGAAUCUGUUCCUGUGACAGCAAUACCCAAUGUUGCGUGUGGAUUCCAAGAAAGAGGGAUAAUCAAUGAAUCCUCGGUGCUGCGGAAUGGGUAGGUUACAUCAUUCCAGACACACCUCUUGCCAUAACCGAAGGAUUCAUGAACAAGCUAUUAGAAGUCUGGCUGAUAUAGCUUACUAGAUUAUAACAAGGAACUACUGAAGCAUAUGCCGUCACUAUAAAGGCUGGCUGAUAUAAGCAUAUUAAAAGAACCGAGGGAGUGUCAAUGACAGUCAUUGUUGAUAGUUGCUCUCCCUUUUCUUUACUAGAAAUGACAUGUGGAAGUCAAUAGGGAACACCUAAGUUGUAGUAGUUCUCAGGUACUAAUCUCAUAGUUAUCCUUUGAUGUUGCACCUUUGUUGCAACUGAUCCUAGAUCUACCGAAAACUUCUUUUGCCAACAUUCUAGUGUCGAAAAGAUAUCCCCAGCUAAUUUGUACUUUAGGAAAAAUAUGUGAACCUAGCCUCAUUAACAAAUGUUUGAGGGUUGAGCAGUACAGUAUUGUUCUUGUUCCCAUGAGGCCAUGACUGCAUGCACCAGAAAUCUUCUGUUAAA